AUGUUUAGGAGAAUGAAUCCAAAUACUUGCUGGCUUUGCAAGACAUUCAGAGCAGAAGAAAACAGGAUCAGUUCUAAGGUGUCUUUGGUGGAAAUGCUACAGUGGGCCCAAUCUUUUGAAAAUCGGGUAACAAGCAAAUAUGGGCCUAUGAUCUACAAGAUCUACUUAAAGGCAGAACACAGUGAUGAAAAAGAAUUCUGGCUUGCCUAUGAAGCUUAUAAGAUGAUAACAUCACAGAGGAAAAGGAUUUCCAUGACCAGGAAGCUCUUUACAAGUUAUAUCCACCCCCAGGCUCCAACGAGGACCGAGCUGGCUUCUCCCUCGUGGUUUCAGAUAAACAUGGACAGUCCUGCAAGGAAAGCAAUCAUGAGGAAUAUUCCACACAGUCCUGGCUUUGAUGAGGCACAGAUAAUCUACAGGCACAUGGAGAGAGAUUCUUACCCUCCAUUCCCUGAACCACAGCUCUACCAAAAGCUCAGGCACAGUCUUCUAACUAAUGGCAACAAUUCUGUGGGAAAUUGA